CUCAUUCACCAAGACACUAAUUUAAUUGUAGAAAGCUUUAACCGCACAGGUUUUCUGUGCCUUUUUUAUAUGGCACAGUCCAGUAUUGUAAACGUAACAAGACCUUGAGAGAUUAGGAUUCACCCUGUUCAAAGAUUUCUGAUAGAGCAGAAGUCAAAACUGACAAUAAGCUUUUCAAAAGACACUGCAAAGGACUUGUUUAUUGUAUUUACCUUCAAGAACAAUAUGUCCUAAACAACCUCACACAGGCUAGCUGGGACUUUUCUUUAUGGCACAAUAUUGUGAACCUAACAAAACCUUGAGAGAUUGGGGGUUUGCCCUGUUCAAAUCUUUCUGAGCAGAUGUCAGAAGAUUCCAGUAAGCUUAUUAAAGGAGGUGGCAAAGGGCACGUUUAGUGUAUUUACUUUCAAGAUAAAUAUGGUAUCAACAACCUGACUUACAUGUGAAUCCCAUUACAGAUCAUUAAUACAUUAAUGUAACUCAAGCGUAACAUUAUAGAAAUGAUUUGGGCCCAAUUUAACAAUUGGUGUGUUGCCUCUACUCCCAGAUUUCUCCACUGAUGCUGGUGCAGUGUCCCUUGCUCUGUGCUUGUGCAAUUGAGAGCAGAAUCUGAUGCAGGAUGUUAUGAAACGUGAUGUUUAAAAACUGUUCUCAUGUGGGAGGGAGGAUCUGAUGCUACUCUCAUAUGAAUAUCAAUUCAGCUGUAAUUUCACAGAUCUCUUGACCUGCAGUGUUAUAAGGAGAAUUUGGCUCAGUUACGAUGAUGGAGAGUGUUCUCAACUGCUGUUAUAAUCAUUCCUCAUAUUUUCAAUCAGCAAAAUCAGUGGAAGCAUUCCGUGAAAAUAUAAAACAAAUAGAACAUGAUCUGAAGCUUCAAGAAAACUCCAAGACUGAAGUACGCAAAGCUGAUAAUGCAAAGGAGGAAAAGAUUGUACACCUUUUGCUGUACCCAGACUCAGUUUUGUUCAAACGCUGGGGUGCAGAUUUAAGGGAAGAGGAGCAAACUGUUGCACAGAAUCUGUUCUUAAGUUAUGGGUAUAAUGUUUAUCUCGGGGAUCAUCUACCUCUGGAUCGACCUAUCAGAGACACCAGAUCUCCCAGCUGUAAAAUGAAAACAUAUCCGAAAGACCUUCCAACAUUCAGUAUUGUACUUCUAUUUAUGAAUGAAGCAUUGUCAAUCAUCUUAUGUGCAAUUACUAGUAUAAUUAACUGAACACCUUCUCAUUUAUUGAAAGAAAUCAUCCUGUUAGAUGAUUGCAGUUCAAAUGCUGAACAAAGCAUUGUAAAAUCAUCUCAUCCUGGACUGCUGAAGGUCAUCAGACAUCAGAAAAGACAAGACUUAACACAAGCCCAGAUUUCUGGCUGGGAGGCAUCAACUGCAGAUGUUGUUGCAAUUUUGGAUGCCCAUAUUGAAGUGAACAUGGCAUGAGCUGCACCUAUUCUGUCUCGACUAAAAGAAGAUCUGGUAUUUGACAAUAUGAAUUUUGAUGACUUUGAGCUUCUUCAGUAUUCAGUGGCUGCAGAUGGAUUUGACUGGGCACUCUGGUGCCUUUAUGAACGUUUACCAGCUGAGUGGUAUGCUCUGAAAGAUGAAACAGCUCCAGUCUGGAACCUGUCUAUAAUGGGGAUUCUUGCUGCAGAUAGGAAAUUUCUGGGUGAGAUUGGUGUACUGGACAGUGGAAUGCACAUAUAUGGAGGAGAAAAUGUGGAACUUGGUCUAAGGGCCUGGCAGUGUGAAGGUAAAGUGGAAGCUCUGCCCUGUUCAAGAACCUCUUAUUUAGAAAAAGCUCACAAGCCUUACUUGCUGGACUCGAGCAUUGCGGUGAAACGCAACCCCUUGCGGGUAUCCGAAGUGUGGAUGGAUGACUACAAGUACAUCGUCUACUUUGCAUGGAAUCUUCCAAUUGAGAAUCCUGGAAUAGACUUUGGAAAUGUUUCUUCCAGAAAAGAGCUAAGGAAAAAACUGAACUGUAAAGGCUUUGGCUGGUAUAAAAAUAUUUACCCUAAUUUAAUAUUUCUUCCCAACAUUGUUAGCUAUGGAACAAUGAAAAACACAUUGAAAGAAGACAUCUGUAUUGAUCAAGGCCCUGUCCCUGGAAACAUGCCAAUUAUUUAUCCCAAUCAUGCACGCUCACCACAGCACGUCUUUUAUCACAGCGCUGGAGAAAUGUAUGUAGGAGGUUUAUGUGCCCGAUGGAAUACAGUUGAUAGAUACCUAACAGACCCUGGGAGUGGGGACCUGCCAGUUUUAGAGCAAUGUGAGACAGCUGUGAAUGAAGGCCUGAACUUGCACUGGGAUUUUAAGCAGGCAUCAGCCAUAAUCAACAGAACUAAAAGAUGCCUCGAAAUCACAGCAAACAAUUUGGUUUCAUACAGACUUGUAAUGCAGACCUGCACGGGACAAAAGUGAAAUAUCCAACACAAAGUUAAGGACUGGGGAAAGACAAAAGACCUUGAACAGAAGACACAGCACUCAAAGCAUUGACUAGAGGAGCUUUUUCCUUGAAAAUUGCUACAUUCAUAAUGCAGCACUGAAAGCAAUGAUUUCAAGAGUUUGUUUACAUAGGAUUUUACAAUGUAGUAGCUAUUGCAGGAGCUAUGAGCUAGUCGCGCAAAGGUGCAAGUUCAUCUCCUCGCAUUCUUGGGGCAUCACCGCCCUGAGUUUCCUCAAUUAGGAGAGGGAUUGUCUUUGCUCUCUUUUAUUAUCACCGGAGAGAAGCAGUUAUGUCUAAGAGUGUUUCAACCCAUCUGAGUUCCUUAUGUUGUCCUUUGCAAGUGCCUGUCUCUGCUCGUUAAUGAAAGACUGGUUUAAGGUCUCUAACUUUCUAACUUUGGCAUUUCAGUUAGAUAUGAAAAUUCAGAAGAAAUGGAAGUGGGUCUGACUUCCUCUUGUACAUGGAGUUUAUCUCAGGCUGAAUUGGACCAUUUUUCUUGUCUUGUGUCAUGUAGAUAAUGCAAAACUUCUUGUCAAGAUGUGCUUGUGCUGGUGGGUGAAAUGAAGUACACCCUUGUUCUUCUGUCCCUAUAAUUUGCCUGGACAUGAUUCAGUUUCUCAGUAAAGUUUAUUAGAUUCAGCAGUAUGCCACGCUAAGGCUGUAUUAUGUUUACCUAUGUGAAGUUGGUUUGUGCCAACCAGCUGGCAGCAUGGAUAAAAUCCAGUCAAGCCCUUGGGAACAAGGGGAUUCAACUCAAUAGUUUCCAGAAACCAAUAGAAGGCCAAUGCAGUAGUGUAUGUCUGUCAAAGAAACUAAGUAAAAUACAGCAUGAGCUGCUACUGGGAGGCAACUUCCAGGUAGACAGGAUACAAGUUCUUGUAGAAAUAGGGUUAGGUGGAACUGGCUGUCCUACUUCUUGGAGUAACUGCUCCUAGGACCUACGCUUAUUUGUUAAAGGGAACUGUUGUAAGAUAAAUUCAUUGAAACUAUAUGGAGUUUCAGCCAGAAGUUAUUUUGUUAUCAAAAGGGUGCUAAGCAUUUUAUCUGAAUAGAAAGUGUAUUCAGGGUACAUUUGAAUAUUUGUUUGAAUAUAAUCCAAUAUGAUUUGUUUUUUCGUUUCUAUUCUCUGUAAACUUGAUGUGAACAACCCAGCCCUGAUAUUUAGGAUUGGAAUUGGACAAGCUCUUCUUAAAAGAUGGUCUUUCGUCCUUAGUGUCUGUAUUUUUCUGUUCUCAAAACCAAUUCUUAAAAAUGCCAUGUUUUAACCAGAUUGGAUUUAAAUUUCUAAAAUCAGCUUUUAUUCCCAUGUCCUGGAUCAAAGCCAAAAACACUGAAGAAAGAGGAAUACAUGCUUUGGUUGUUUUCUGCAUCUUCAGCAGUGUGUCUUACCAAAAUCAAAGGACUGGCAUUUUGGCAAGCACAAUGAAGACAUUGGGAAUUUUGCCAGUACAACUGAAAUGAAAAUCUGGCCUACUGGUGACAAUGAAUAAAAAGUAUUUAUGUAAUCAUUUUUCCAUCUUCAUAUGCCACUUCAAUAGAAUGUAACGGACAUUUGAACAAUUUUAUUUUGAACUUAGAGGUUGGAAAACAUCAAAAUGUUCCAGAACGUCUAGAUUUUCUGGUUCUAAACGUAUGACCUCUAGUUAUACACAGGGGUCAACACUGAAACAAAACGUUUCAAAUAUUUUGAUUUAUUUCAAGUAUGAGGUUUUUUUAAUUUCCUGAAGCCCCUCAAAAGUGACUUUUUGGCUAAUUUUGUAAUGAGGAAAGAGAGUAGCCAUAAGAGAACAACUCAGUUUUCAGACUAGCGCUUUCUGGUGAUGCUUGAUGAGGCAUAAAUAACAACUCAAUGUUUUUGGUGCUACAGUAGUAAUACAUUGCUCUCACUAGUAAUACUCUUGAACCUGGAAAUUCACUGCAUGAUGAAGCAACUGAUGUGUGAUUCCUCAGCAAGCCAGCAGCAGAGGUAGGACUCUGCUUCCAUGGUGUAUCACAAGAAGGCAGCUAUGAUUGCGGCACAGCAUAAAGUUGGAUCUCUUCUGAAAACCAGUCAUUAGCCGAACUUCCAGAAAUGCAGAAAAUCACCUCAGCUCCUGCAAAGUAAUGUGAGAAUACUGCAGUACCAUACGCUGAGGACAGAUAGUAAAUAAUAAGGUAAUAGGCAGGAGUUUUAAUGGGUGUGUGGCUGUAAAGGAAUGGGACAGCUUAAUUCAGAGCAAAUAUAAACAAAAGGACCGAGGUACAUACUACUGUGCAGGUAAGCUCUUGUGGCCUCUGCAGAACAGUAAAGCUUUCCUCCUUGGUUUUGUGCUCAAGCAAGCUUGGCUUUACUGCCUGUGCAACAGGAAUCUACCUUGGGAGGAAGAAUUAGAAGAGGAAAAAAGGGUGUUUUUUUCUUUAGUGUCUAGUAGAAUGGGGAGAAGAGUCAGUCUAGAGACAGGAGCUAUUUAAGGGACUAUUAAUUGUCAGUCUCUUUAAGGGGAAACUAAAUCAGAGGGAAGAAUCAUUUAAUCUGUCACAGGGAGAUUUGUUUAGUUCUGACCAAAUCAUGUGUGGUGGAACUGUGAUAAUCAAUAAUAAGAUAAUAAAAACCGCCACUGCUUUCAUUCACAUUUGUUUGCCUGACUUUUCCAAAGUCAGGAGGUAAAUUUAGACUUUACUCCUUUUCCUCUCUCUUUGUGAAACUAGCCUUUUUGAAGUGUUAAGCAUAUGUGUUAACAGUGGGGUAUAGCACUCUGCUUGCAUUGAGAGCAAUCCCAUCAGGAUCAGUGGGCAACGUUUAACCAAAUGAUUAUUUAAAUUUUAUCUGUCUUGUGUCAAAAGCAAGAGUAGCUUAUUAAGCAGAGGAAAGUUUGGCAGAAAAAUUAAAAUUUUCAGAAAGCUAGAUCAUUUACUAGUGGUUUCAUCUGUUUGGCACUAUGCCUGUUCCUGUCACAGCACAAUUUUCCAUUUACCCACAAGACACAAGUAGUUCACUUUAUUCUCUGGUUUGAUGUGAUAUUCCUGGGCUUUAUUCACCCUAUUUAAGCUGCUAUAUACCUGUUUUCCAGCGCACAUCUUCCAGCACAGUGUGGUUUUAAUUUUUUUUCCUGCUACAGAACCUGUGAAUACAUGGUUUUUUUAAAUCUUCUGCAGGCUUGGGAGUCUUUUUCCCUUCUGCUGAGAGAUCCAGGUGAGGUGAGGACAUGUGCCAGUUCGACAAUUAAUUAUCAGCACUGAGAGGACUAAAGGGUAGAGCUGCUCACAGUCAGCCACCCAGAAACCCUCAGUAAACCAUGCAAGCCUGAAGACUGCCAAUGAGAUAGAGGGUCCAUCAAUCACACAGGGUAGAUCAGGGUCAUGUCCUGUCCCUCGUGCCUGGAAAGUAUGGCACUGGGGCUUUGCAUAAAGCUUUUAGCUUGCACUAAUGGCCCCUCAGCAUUCAGCUCAACUCCUUGUAGCAAAUGUGAUUUCAGCAAUUGUUUUGUACUUCCCCAACAUUGGUAAAUUCUGUCUACAGAGAUGUGGUAGUUAUCAGUCGUGUUUGUAAUCUCAGAUCAGAUUUCAAGCUGGGGUUUUUUCUGAUUUUUGGGAGACUUGCUGUUACUUCAGAGCAUGUUUUUCCAGCUCUUCACUGUGAAUUUACUUGCAGUCCCUAGUCCUCCCAAACUCCCCUCCCAGGCAAGGCAAAAAGGUACCCUACAGUGUGUGUGUGUUUGCCUGCAAAAUUCCCCAGAAAUGUUCUAUCUGUUGCUAAGUGCCCAAAGCAACAAUGAUAAUGGCAGCAGCUUUGAAGCAAAACCACACUUAUUUGAGCCCUACUGUGGUGGCCGCACAGAGCUCCGAAUUCAGUAUCAUGAUAGCUGUUUGCUUUUAAUGCCAUGUGUAUUUCUGUUACAGUGGUUCAAGGGAGAUUUGUAAAUGUACCUCAGUUUUGUGUGGAUUGUUUAACAGAGGUUCUCACUGUAAAUGUUAUUUAUCUGAGUGUCAGUAUUCAAAUCUAGGAACUGCAUGGUGUAAAGGCACACAUCCCAAAACUACUACUUUUGGGGGAAGAGGACUUUGGUAAAGGGGAAAUAUUUGUCUUACACAGGCAACUUUGAAAAGGUAUUGUCAAUUCACCAUAUUUCAAGAAAAAGAGAUGUAAUGUUAGAGCUCUACACUGACAGCCACAUCCAAAAAGACUGAGACAAAUAUGUACAAGCCUAUGAUGCAAGAAAACUCCACGUGAUAGCUGUCACACUGCAGAGUUGCCCAAGUUUGCUUCUGCAUCUUCUUUAGACUUUGAAUUUCUGUGCGUCUGCUGUCUUUUUUGUUGGAUGUGUGCAGGUGCCAUCAGCCUGGAUGAACUGAGCCUGGCUUAUUCUUCAUCCCCACUGGAAAUGGUCUCUAAUGUGUUCAGCUCAGUCUGCAUCGAGUGCCAUGUUUCUGGGACUGCUGUGUUUCUGGCAUGCAAGUCAGCUAAUUUAAGUAAUAGCAUACGGUGCUGCAAUCUGCUGUAUAAUUACACACUUAAUUAGAUUCACAGUUUGUUACCUAUGUCACACUGUGACAGGGCUUGUUGCUCUUUAGGAGGGAAAAAAAUUCUUCUGGUUAUAACUUAGAAAAGUGUCAUGAGGGUUGAUUUUCUCCCUGAAGGUGUGAGUUCCUUUUAGAAGAACCUGCAGAACCUAUUAAAGCUCAAGUAAUCACUGCUUAUUAAAUGUCUGUGGUUAACACCCCCCAAUUAAAAGUAUGUCUUUGGGGUUGCAAGGAAAAAGCCCUGAGAACAAGGUGAUGAUGGCACACACACUUAGUGCUGUGGGAUAAGCAAAGAGAGGAAAUUUCAGCGUGUGAGUUCUAGGGUAGCUGCCUGGUUGUGAGAUCUUGCACUACACCAUGAGAUAGCUUGUAUCUCGAGGGACCAAUUGCCUCCUACUUCACAUGGGGCAAAUAUGCUGUUACUUGCUGUUCUAGGGUAUACCUCACUUCAAAGUAUCUUCCUUAUGUACCUUGAAUGUGCCUUAAAACUGUGUGUGUGAUGGGUACUGCUUGUGUAAGUGAACAUGUAAUAGCCUUAAUUUAAUGUUGUUCUUCUAAAACAACAGUAUGGUUUGGAAUGGAAGUAUUGAUUCCUGAAACCUUAGAAUUAUUUUCACUGGUGCUGGUUGGAUGGUCUUUAAAGCCUAUGAAAGGAGGGCAAAAGCAAGCAGGGCUCUCUAGAACAGGGAAGCAAGAUUUAUCCUAGUUCAUUUACCUUGUGCUGGCAGCUACAGGUAGAUGUUUAAGGAAGUAAAGACAAUAUGA